CCGAAUUCCUGCCUCAUCAUCCAAUCCAGGAUUUUUAUUUGUAGAUCGUGACGUUCAAGUUUUUUUUAUAUUGUUUAUUCGGUGGAUAACGUCAUAGACAUCAAGAGGUUUCGUAGCGACCACUUUUUUCUUAAAAAUGAUGACAAUCAUGGACAUCAUGUUUUGAGUUAUUACGCAAGACAUUCUAGUUUCCCUGUCACUCCAUGUCGUGGAUAAAACGUAUAGCUUCUCGUCGUUCCUCUCGGGACGACAACAACAAGUCCAUUUCGGGUAGCGACGGGAACAGCGAUUUCGGGAGUUUAUCGCGAAGGGGGUCAAAGGAGAGUUUGGGUGGUUCACGGAGGGGAUCUGUUGCUGCGGUUGAGGAGGCUGAUACCAAGGUAGAUAGUUUGAGGACGGACUAUUUGUUGGUUCAAAAAAAGACGUUUACAAAGUGGUGCAAUGUCCAGCUUGCAAAAGCUCGAAACAAAAAUGUAGAUACUUUGGGCGACGAAUUCGUCAUUCGCGAUCUUGGACAGGACCUUCGCGACGGUAUCCGCCUCGCACACCUCAUUGAAACACUCAGCGACGAGAAACUACCAAAACCGGAACGUGCUGUCAGCCGCGUGGCAUCGUCAGGCAACGCUGGAGCUCUGACGCGAAUCUACAGUAUCGUCAAUGUAGACAAAUGCUUGAAAUUUCUGCAAACAAAACUUCGAGAACCCUUAUCGAAUAUUGGGAGUGAGGAUAUUGUCGAUGGGAAUUUGAAAUUGACAAUGGGAUUAGUAUGGGUUUUGAUUUUGAGAUUUCGGAUUGAGGCCAUUGCCAUGAAGGACAAGCGAGUGUCGGUUCAGUCGGUGGCAUCAGUGUCGGACCCGGGAAUGAGACUCGAGUCACCAAACCUAGAUCCAAAUUCACCCAUUUCACAAGAUACGCCAUCACUGACGUCAAAUCGACCGGCCGCAUUGUCUGCCGCAGGUGGAAAAGCCGCCCUCUUGAAUUGGUGUCAACAGAUUUUGGCACCGUAUGUCGAUGUUGGCGUAAUUCCCCGUAUUACCAACUUUUCAGAAGCAUGGCAGAGUGGCAUGGCCUUUUUGUGCCUCGUACAUACCUAUAACCACGAACUGUUGCCCGAGCUGACAGAAAUAUGUCGGCGUUACGGGGAAUCCAAAGCCCUUGCCGGCCGAGCCGCUCGCAGUAGCGUCAUAUCUCGAUCUAGCGUAGGAUCGUCUGCACCUUCCUCCCCUGAUAUACCUGGAAAAUCUAGCCUCCGCUAUUCUCUGAGUAGCGAGUUUUCACUUGGUUCUUUGGACCCGUUCGGCCCUUCAUCACCAAAACCUUCAGGUCCCCGCGAUCCUCCAUUUACUCUAUCUCCACGCAAUUCCACCAGUUCUGGACUGGCAUCACCUCCUUCGAGUCCUGUCAUGCGCGCCAGGCUGUCUAUGACAAGUUAUUUGUAUAGCACGAACCCAGCUGAUUGGCGCGUCUCUUUGUCGAAAGCUUUUGCUCUUGCGGAAGAACGUAUGGGUAUCCCGCAAUUAUUGGAUGUGGAGGAUAUUGCGAAUGUAGAUCGGCCCGAUGAGAUGGUGAUCAUGACCUAUGUAUCGGAAAUCUAUUGGGUAUUGCGUGAUCGGCCAUUUCCGGCCCCCACCGCGUUCCGGGUCAUGGUUUCGGAGGGGGAACGCAACGAUGCGUCACCUACAGCAAGAUGCGAAAGGCUCAUUGCAAUGUACGUGAACCAUGCUAACCGUCUCGGAUCAUGGCUCGCCAAGCAAACACAAGAUCUUCUUCGAUUGAGCGAAGUACUCGCGAGCGGUGCGGAUAUUUCAAAUGUAGCGGUCUCAGAAGAAAGCUGGAUACGUCCCAUUUUAAACGCAUGGGCAGAUCCGGGUACCAAUGUCGACAAUUUGAAACGCACUAUUGAAACGCAAGUCUCUCUAAUUGAGCGAGAGUUGGCAAACGCCUUUACCAGUGUAGCCGAACAGGAUUCUGUGCAUCUUGAUGAAAUAUAUGGAGCUGCUCUGAUGCCCCAUCUCCUCCGACUUUACGACGAUGUCAAGCGCGCUGAACAAGAUUUAAUAUCAGGAAACGAAGGAGCGGCACCCGACACAAGGAAAGUAGAGGAGCGGCACCGAUACUUGAAGAGCCGGCUUCAAGUGUUUGCCAAAGAGACAUUUCCGACCUUUGUAUCUUCGAUGAAAUCCUAUUUGGAAUUGCUUGCGGAGCGCAGCGCAAAGGUGCAACAAAUUGAAGCAGAGCUGGUCGGGUUGGAUUGGCGAGGUGGGCUGCGCGAGGAGGCCCAGCGUUUUGUUAGGGAUAUCAAAGCCAUGGGGAAAGAUUUGCAUGCGGCUCAAAAGAAUGAGGAUAAAUUGAUUGAUUUCGAGGAUGCGAGGAGGGCCGCGCAGCGAGUCAAGGCGAUGAAAGAUGUGGUGUUUGAGCGACUGGGAGGUGGCCUUGUACAGUGGGAGCCACCGAGUCGGGAUUAUGUGCAAGAAUACGAGCAGUCGAUGCAGGUCUUGCAGGAAUUACUUGAGAAGGUUGAAUCGACUUUUGCGCUUCGUAUGCAACUGUUGAGAACCAGGACCACAGAACUCAUUUUGGUGCUGGAAAAGGACAUUAUGAAUUCGUCAUCGCCAGCUACGUCAGCUUCUCUCAAGACUUCAAUUAAAUUUACUUCGGUACCAUCUUUUCUCUCUGCGAAAAUUCAAAAACUUGUGGACACGGGGAACAAUGAUAUCCUUGUUUUCAUCGCACAAGAAAUGGCACCCUUGCUUUCCACCCGUCGUGCGCAAGUAGCCGAACAAGUGGAGAGUGCCUGUCUACGGCGUAAUGAGGAGGAAGGACGGGAGGCUCAAUUGCGAACUUCCGCUGUUUCGGUUACAAAGGCAUAUUGUGUACAGGUUCGGCGGGUAGACGAAGCCAUUAAGCGGUGGAGGGAGGAAUUAGCUCAGUGGACCAAUGAAGGGAAUGACCGAAUGGCGAAUGCUCAUCAGGAUGACAAUUGGAUUGCUACUGCGGAAAAAUGGUGGGAGGAGCGUAUGGCCACUGUCCGAGAAUGUGUGGAGGGCGGUGCUAAUGUGGGGAUGUCCUUGGCUGCAUUGGAUAAUAUCUGGGAGACAGUUGUAGCAUCCGCAUCAACGGGGUUGCUAAAUGUCUCGGCUCCGUUUGUCGCCAUUCCGCAUCAGCAUUUGCGGAGUUCUGCUAAAGCGCUUUUAGAAGCCAUGUCUCUGUUCAAGACGGAAAUCCUGGAACGCGCUCGUGGUGCCGUUGCUGAGAAACGCGAGGCUCUCGUUACUCAAUGGGGACAAGUUGCCGAUGAGGUGGAGAGAGUCGUGAAAGCAUUAGGGGGCGAGUCCAAUUCUAUUGAUUUUGUCGAUGCUGCAAUCAAAUCGAGUUUGGAAAACUGUCUAAUGACUCGGCGGAACAUGAUCACUGGAAUGAAGGAAGCGAGUCGAUGGGAUGUGAUAUUGGGCAUAGCUGAUACCAGCAGUGCCGCCAUCCACAAAUCUAAGGAGGAGGUCGGCAAAUUUGUAAAGGACAUUGUAGGCCGAGUACGGGCUAUUGAAGCAGACGCGGCCGUCUUUGAAGAGACGCGCUGGUCUCCUUUUGUGGCGCGUACGGAAUCUUUACUGCAGGCUUUAGCAAGUGAGCCGAAUUUUCAUUCUCGAAUCCAGACUCGGUUUGCACAGUUGCGGCAGUCCUUUGAGCAAGCAUUAGUUCGGCGGUCAUCUACCAUGCCGGAGCUUCAAACUCGUGAAAAAAUCAUGCUGGAAGCUUACACCUGGCUGCAACAGUUCCUGACGGCAGAGAGGACGUGGCUUGGUAAUGCUUCCGAAGCGGAAUCCAGUAUCGAUUCUAUAGAGUUUGAUCAAAAUCGCGUGAUGGCUGCUAUGCGGACGGUAAUUUAUAAUACGGGCUACGGUCAAGUCAUGGGACAGGAGGAGGCAUUAACGUUGCAUGAGACAACGGCAACAUCGAUUGAGCAGCACUUGGUCGAGGAAUUGACGCCUUUGGUUUCCACCGUUGCUGAAACACCCUUUUCGUCCGAGUGGACUCGAACUCCACCGAAAGAGUUAGCCUGGGCAAGGGAUGAGUUGUUCACGGGCCGGAAUGAUUUUGUUAAGAAUGUCAUCGAGCGACUUCAAACAAAGCAUUCUGCAUUAUUGGAACGUGCCCCUGUCCUCAAGGCUCGUCUUUCCCUUGAGCGCACCAUUGGGAAGUUUACGAGGGAAGCUGCGACAUUGCUAUCUUUGCUUGAGCGGCACCUCAAGAUUGAAAAAGAUCGGCAAGUGCCCCAUGGGUUAGACCCUGAAGUCAGUCAGGACCAUUAUGCAAGCCUACUCCGGGAUAUAGCAAAGGAGGAAGACGAGACAAAGCGGCUGGUUGGCAGCUUGCGACAAGUGGGCAAUCAGUGUGUGGAACUGGUUCGCGGUGACCCAGAGUGUCACUUUGUACCGAUCGCAGUACAGAAAAAGAUGGAUGAAGUUGAGCGCGUCUUGGCGUCAAUUGCUGAUGCAACUCAGAUUAGCACUGAGCAAAUUGAAGCAGGGAUAAAGAUACUGAAGCAGGUUCGCAUUCCCGGAAAAAAGGUCAAUGAUGCAUGUAAGGAAAUUCAUGCAGCAGUAAGUGAAGUUGCGGUCGCCGCGGCACAAGAUGAGGCUGCUUUGGAUAUUAUAGCAAACAUUCGGGUCCUUGCUGAACGUGCUGGGAGUCUCGUUCCAACCCUGGAGGAGAUGGACAAGUCUGUAGACGAGACGAGCGAUUUAAAGGUCAAAGCGUUUGUUGAAGAGCUUCGAGGGCAGGCCAAGGCAGUCAGGGAGCAGACUGAAGAGGCAGGUCGGGAAACGAUACGCGCCAUUGUGGAAAACUGGGAGAAUGAUGUUGCUGCGGAGAUUGUCACGUUGAACAAGGACUUGGAUUCACGUAUCAGGAGUACGCCAGAGGUUGAGGUUGACGGCAUCGACCUUGCGGGGCAUGCCAGCAAGGUCAUUGAAGCGGUUGAAGCAAAGUAUUCGAACCUUGUCACCGACCUACAGCAUCUAACUCCCAAACUGACGGAUUUUGAAACUGCCACUGAGAUUGUGAUUCGUGGUCUCAGGGAGUGGGAAGGGAGGAGAGGAGGGCCGGAAGCUGAUCGUCGAUCAUCAAUGCCACUAUUGGGAGUUUCGUCUAUACCCCGGCCGGAAAGUUUACAAGCACGGUACAUUGAAAUUAGAUCGAAAGCCGAUGCUUUGCCACGAGCUGUCCGUGAGGGUUCAUCUUUCGUGCGUAUUGCUACCCGAUUUGCAGAGCAAGCUACAACCUGUGCUGCACUGAUCAAGGAUUUUGAGACUCAGCAGCUACCGGCGCUCACCACCGGGGCAGUGGAUGACUCUGGGGGGAAGUUGAGUCAAGACUUGGAGCGGCGACUCUCGGACCUGGAACGAACGUCCUUGAAUACUGACCUGGCUGUGUUACUUGAUGAAUUAAAUGCGCACCCCGGUGCGUCGAGUAUUGCCAAGGACCAUGCUGUGGUGGUGCAAGCCUGCACACGACGAUUCGAAGGACUGUUGGACGAUGUGCAGCGGGUUCGCGGAUUACUGGUUGGUUCGAAGCGGACUCGGGACGCCGUUGAGGCCUACCUACGCCAGGCUGAGGAAGUGUAUUCAUGGGUUCGCGCCCGAGUGGAGAAUUUGGAAGCCGUUGAGAGGGAUGCAACCGCCGAGGCUGUUCAGGUCACCGCGGCCAUAAGUGGUGAUACACUCGAUGACUGCAUUGAACAUGCCGCGGCUCGUGCAGUGGAUAGGCAAACUGGGAUAGCCUCUGCAGAGGCUGCUUUGGAGCGAUAUGCCAGGGCCUACGAGCAUUUGCAGGGGUAUUCACGCACAGUUAUUGAAGGAUGUGUGAAUGACACUGGGGCGGCCGAGACGGUUCGUAGGAAGCAGGAAGAUGUUGAUCUUGCUUGGACAGCGUUGAGAGAUAAGUUACGGCAGGUGAGAAGAAGACUUGAGUGGCAACGGAAAGUGUUCACCUGGGCGCGGCGGUGCGGAAAGGAGGUUCUCCGGGGAAUUGAGGAAACCACCAAGAAAAUCACUGAAGACAAAGUGGGGAUUGGAAUGGGUUCUGUUGGAGGUGUCGACGGUCCGGAAGUUGGACUGGACAACUUGGGAGGUUUUGUAGAAGAAGUCAUCAGAGCGUACCAAAGUGACUCUCUGUCCUGGAAACAACAAGCAGAAGCCGUUUUGAACUUUGUGAGCGAACUUGACUGGGAGACGUUUGCCUAUAACGAAACCGGAGACAAGAGCCCGAUGGAUGCGCGGGAUCAGCAGCUCUUGGAAAACCUGACAAUACACAUGCGAGGUCGCGUGGAAGCGAGCUCAGCCAAACUUCAAGCGGGUGUGCAGCAACGGGAGGCUACCCUUUCAAAAUGGAAUGCCGGCGUACAAGCAUUUUUGGCAUCCUUGACUGAGUGUGAGCCUUUGCUGGAAGAUGCGGUGCGCGGCUUGCGGGAACGACUAUACCGUGGACGAUCGAAUACCGGUAGCCGGUCGCUGGCAGGCAGCCGACAAUCUCUUCUACUGUCUACGGAUGACUUGGGAACAAAUCCGUUACUCUCGCGUCAUUUAGUCAUAACAGGGGACGACGAGACGGAUAAGGAUAACUUGAAUGACUGGAUCAAAAACCAGGAGCGGUUGGAAGCACAACUUGCGAAUGAGGGUACUCAACGCAUCAAGGAACUGCAGAUAGUGGGUGCCCAAGUUGUGAGCAGCUGUGAGGAAGUAGGAGGCCAGAUUGCGGUUGGGAUCAAAGAAGACAUUAAGCAGCGGACAGACCAACUGCAAGAGCGGUGGCGAGAGGCUACCCGGCUUGUUGCAGAGGAGAAAGUCGGAAUUGAGCGUGCCAAAAAGUAUCAGCAUUGGCAUGCGAUGUUGGCAAGACUGGAAUUUGAAGCAUCAUCAGUUGCUGAACGUCUAGCGAACCUUGUUCCAGGACAGGGCAAUCUCGAAUAUGAAGCCGAGUUGGAGGACAUGCGAACAAAGUUGGGUGCCUUGGAACUGACCAUGUCAAUGUUUUUCAAAAUGACUGAGCAGGACAAGGAUACGCGUCCUCCUUCAACGGUUGCUGCCGAAUCGCCAAAGGAUCGCUCUAUGAGGCGUCAUCGAUCGCUUGUUAGUCUUCAGGUUGUCGGAUUUGCCGAGGAAAUCAAUGCAUCACAUCUCAAAGAGCGCACUGAUGGGAUUUCUGGGACCAUUGUAAAAUUGACCGCCGCGGUUACUGAAUAUUCCCAAGAAAUGUCGGACCAAAAACAGAAGAAAACAGUCAAAGAAGAGAUGGAUAAGGUGCUGAGUUGGUGUGAAAGAGUCUGUGCUCGUCUGGGUGACCGGAGCGGAGUUUUACCACCUCGUGCAUUGAUCGGAAGUCACUCUGCGGAUGACAAACCGAAUGAGACUGUUAACGUUCAAAAGAUUCUGCUGGAUGCGGUCAAAUUAAGCGCUGGUAUCGAUGUUGAAUUGGGACAGCAUCGCUUGGCGGUGGAACAACUUGUGGGACAGGCGACGGAAAAUGAAUUGAGAUUGAUGCGAGACCGUCUGGUCACCGUGGAAACCUUGGUUAAAGCGGAAAAGGCUCGUAUAGAAGAUACAAAGAGAUUACUUGCUCUGGAUAAGGCUAUGACCAAUGUCAGGACGUGGAUAGCUGCGGCAAAGGUGGCAGCUGACGAUAUUGCUCAAACCCAACGCAGUCUGGCGGAAGGAGGAUCCGACGGCGCCACCGAGCUGAGUGACGAGGAGCAACGUUUGGCUGCCACUUUUGAGGAGGUAACGGAACUGGAAGAUCGAUUGAAAGUGUUUGAGAGUACGGUCAAUGGAUUUAUGAACGUUGCAAAGACGGCCAAGGAUGAGUUUGGGGCUGUCCCGGUUGCCUAUGGAGGCAGUGAUAUGGUGGAGGGCUCCCGGAAGGAGAUUGAACGAAGGAUUGGAAGAGUGAGGGCCGAGUGGGACGCCCUUAUCCUGACGGUUGCCAACCUGCGUGGUUCAUCUGUUGAUCGGCGGCGCGAGAUUGAAUUCAAUGAGGCUGUGGAGGAAGUGUGGCAGAUGGUGGAAGAGACAAAGGCCACCCUCAGUGGGGAAUUCGGACCAUUGACGCCUGAAGUACUGUGCGACGUGGAAGAUGUUCUGGACGGCAAGGCACUCCCCAGAGCCAUCGAACUUCGGGAUACCGCUGACAGCGCAGCACGAGACGCAAAGGAAAGAAAGCGGUUCUUGACCAAACAACGAGCUUUGGAGGAUCAGAUUCGGGUUUUACUUGAGCAUGUUGAAUCACAAAACAAUUCUGCCGAUCCUGUGUUGCUUGAAAGACGUGUGGCACGGCUUAUUGAAGAGAUUGAGAUGCUAAAUGCAGAGUUCUCUGGGUUUGUGCAGAAAGCGGCGGCCGCGGCUGCCGCCGCUUUAGCAUUGGCAGAAGGCGUGAAACUGCCAGCUGGGGAGAUCGUUGCACCUACCGACGCUGAAUGCGAAACUAUGGCUAUCAAUCUAGAAACCCAUUUUGGUUCCUUUGACGGAAGAGUUCGCCUGCUUCUUGAACGACUCGAGUCGGCAGCGCGAGCAGUUAAUGAAAUGCCAAAGCAUAUCGAGUUAGUGGCACGAUGGGAAGGGGUUCGUGCCUGGAAGAACGAGGUCAAAGAAGAUUUGUUGAGGCCAAUUCUGGCAAAGCGCACUCCGAAGAAGAGCUCGAUUCCUGUGCCCAAUCGCUCACGCUCACCAAGUUGGUCGAUUCGUUCCGGUUCUGCUACGCCGACGGGAGGUUUACGACUCUCACCCCAUGGAACUAAAUCACCGUCUCCAACUCCUACAACCCUUUCUGGUGGACGUUCGUCUCCGAUCUCUCCGGCGCCUCCUGUGAGAACGGCUAGUGGCCCAGUGCGAAUAUACUUGCCGAGCCCCAACAACUACGUGCCUGAUCCUCGAAAUCCUUUGGAUGUUGCUCUUGCAAAUGUCAUCAACCAUCAUCCGUCUGCCAUACGUGUUGAGAGAGCAGAUGAACCUGGGCGAUACUGGUUUGGGGAGACGCUGCGGAGGCAAUGUUUCUGUCGCUUAGUCAGAAAUAGUGUUAUGGUGCGGAUAGGUGGUGGAUGGCAGGAACUCAACAUUUUCUUAACCGAGCACACAGAUCUUGAACACCGCAUUCCAACAGUGCGAUCCUUUUCCACGGGGGGUCCUGACGAGGGGAAUGAGCUACAUGAGGUUAUCGAACUAGACCCGAGUCAAGUUGCUAACCCGUACGCUUUAGUAUCUCGGAGGGCACCGCGGAAGCUGGCUAGUGCCUUGGCAAGAGUUGCUGCUAAGGGCUAUGGGGGUGGGAAGAAGUAAGCGUGAUUUUUUAACGUUUGCGGCAAGGGCUUGUAGAUAAUGGAGGGACUGGGGGUUGUUUAUUUGUAUAUGCACUGGGUAGCUCGAUAUUUUACGCUGUGAUGGGUAUACACUAUGCUGUUAGAGAAGGGGCUGAUGCUUUCAAUGAUUUAAUGCAUGGAAUAGACUUUGAAACAGACAGUAUUUAUACAUUUUAUUGACAAUCUCAG